CUGCCCCCCCAUCCGCCAUGUCCAACCCGACGUCCCCCACAGACCCCCCAGACGCCGGCCCCCCAGCGCCCGCCAUCGCGUCCUCCUCCAAGACCGGGCGCAGGUCCGUGCGCCUCUUCGCGCCAGACGAGGAGGACAGCUCAGACGAGGACGGCCUCAUCGGCGUGCCCGCAGAGACCACAUUCAACGACGACGAGGUCCCCCCUUCCAACACACGCUCCGCAUCCUACCCCGGCCCGCCAGCACACACCUCCCCCACCUCCAAAAUCUCAUCCAUCGUUUCGUCCGCGUCUGCAGCCCAGCCAAAACUCGCACGUUCAAUAACAUACGUCGCACCCAGCGCCAUCUCCUCCCGGCCGGCAUACCCGCUCCAUCCCGCUGGGCCAGAGACGCUGCACGCCUCGUACGAGACAUGGCGGAAAACGCGAUAUACCCUCGAGUCGUUCAGCAGAGCUAAGGCAGACGGCAAGAACGCGGCGCAAAGAGGAAGGUCGUAUACUGACCCCGAUGUGGGAUAUUUCAGCCCGGACGCAGGAGAUGAUGGCUGGGGCUCAGAUGAUGAGGACGAACUGAGAUCCCCUGGCUGGGGUAUAUCUCAUCAUAACAUGGACUCUGGAGGCAAGACGGACGGGUCACCGCAGUUGCCUAUUAAGCCUGCCGAUGUCACCGAGGACGAGGGACAGGAACGUUUGGAUUGGCAAGGCAUGUUGGAAAGUGUCCUCAACUCGGAUGUCUUCAAGGUGGAGGAGCAACGUAUCUACAAUUCCAUGCCGACAGAUUCAUUCAGAGAAGAGAUUGGAAAGACCCUUUGGUGGCAAAUCCGUGCCAAGCUGCGUGGGAGGACAGAGGCAGAGGAGAAGAAACGGGUGCAAGAGCGACGGGCAAGAGUGGUGGACCCGGUGCUCGAAGAGAUAAACGAGUUCAAGUACGACCCCAAAAAUAACCCGGAAGGCGAAGAAGACAGUGAUGCCGAUCCGCAAGACGCGACGUCGACUGCUGCACCCCAGUCCAAAGCUCUCAACCAAGUCAACACCAUUCUCGCCAAACUCCAUGCAGUCAAAGGUCUUUAUCCCAACCUCGCAGCCAUGCGGGCCGACAAGUCUCUCUAUACCGACGAAAAUUUCCGCAAACGCGCCGACGCCCUGACCUCUUGGUCCAUUAUCGUCUCAUCCCUCCAAACCCAGCUCAAACUCUUGCAAAAAUGGACAGGUUCCGAUGAGCUCGACAUCACUAAACCGAACACGACCCACGAGAAGGCAUUGGUCGGCAAGUACAAGUAUCACCACUCUAUCGACAGCAAGGGUACACCCGGCAGGGAUGCAGCCGAUGACUCGAGUUUCCUCGACCGUGUGAUAAAAGAAGAUAAUCUCCAACGCACAUUCGAGCGCCGAGCGUUUGUAGACAUGAUCAACCUCGUGCGCAACGCCAAGGAGACGGUCAUCAACUAUCUCCCGCAGUUUCAAGAACAAAAUCUCCCCGAUUUCCAAUACGAAAUCGUCCGCCUUAUCGGUUUCCCCGGUCGACUUAUCAUUGAGGCUGUCAAAGUCCGUUUGGACGCGGCAUCCCGAUUACUCGACCCGAACCCUAUGGUCGUCGAAGACUUUAUCGAAAACCUUCGUCUAUCCAUUUCGCUCGCUGUGCUAAUCCGGAAACAAUACGACGAAAUCAUGGCACCCGACGCCGAGGGGAGAUGGAAAAUUCCGCAUUGCUUGCCGACAGAGUACAAUGAUGUUCUGCUCGAUGCGCUGAGGACAUUUUUCAAAUUGUUGCAUUGGAGAUUACGAGGAGUGGGGAAAGCGAGUUAUUACAAGGAAACGGAAGUGCUGGAAGAAGAGGCGCCAUUCUUGUAUGAAGCAGCGGAGGCUAUUGUGGGUGGUGAUAUGGUUGUUGCAGAGCAGUAUUGCGCGUUAUCCAACAAGCUCCUUAUACGUUCGGCAAAUUAUCUGGACCAGCAACUUCGGGUACCAAUUCAUUCCCAUUCUCGCGACAAGGAACGUGGUGGCGACAAGGAGCGUGAUGGCUCGUCAUCCUCUCAACGUGACCGUAACCGUGACGGCUCGCUGGCCGGCCCACCGAAACACAUGAAAGUCGAAGAACUCUUCUCAUGGUACUCCAAACUCCUUGAUUCAGCUCGAAUGCGACACCGCAAGACCCAACGUUUCUGUCGUAAACUCACCCAACGAUUCGAUAAUUCCGCCGAAUAUUCCAUCGAGGAGACGGAUGUGGACGUGCUGGUGGAGACAUUGCAAGAUACAGGUCAUUUCUUGGUGUAUACCGGGAAAUUCGAGGCGAACGGGACGUAUAUCGUUGCGGAUGGCAGUCUCUGGGGUCAGCCGGACGAUGUGAGACACUUGUUGAAGAGGGUGUUUUCAGUGACGAUUCCUGGAUCCCGAGUUCGUCCAAGGCAGACUACAUCGCAGGUAUCCGGCGGAGGUGGGGUCCUGGCCAACGGCCAAGUCGCAGCAGCGCAACCUGAUCCUGCAGAUCCGUACCCGGAAGCAGACGAUUUUGACGACGAAGCGCUCGCGGCUUAUAUCCUCCUCAUCUCCCCACGCCAAAACUUUGUAUGGUCCGGAGCGGUCAUGACGCUGGAUGUGGAUUACAUCGACUACGAACUAGCUGAUAACCGGGUCAGACUCAUCGCCGACGGUCCUACCAAACGAUUAGCGCUGUGCAAACACUAUUUCACGCAAGCGCUCAUCCACCCUGACACGGGCGAAACAAUCGAUUUGCCAUGUGUGGUUGAGGCCCAAGCGCAUUUACCGACGAUUCAGAAACAGCUUGUCAAGAUUGCCAAAUCGAGUUACCGUCUUUCAGAGUGUAUCGUCCAGUCUGCCCCGCUCGUCCGCAAUGCGUUCAGGGGCAAACCGGGAUCACAAGAGUUGGUCGAGAAUUGGUACAGUUUUGCGACAGAGCAUGGGACGAGGGUGUUGGUCCAUAUCGAGCCCAGUGCGUGGGAUCGAUUUAAUCGGCUGUUGAUGCGCCUGGCAAUCAGUUGGAUCAGCUUUAUCAGUCAAGAGUGUAACCCCACAGACCGCAAGACGUUCCGAUGGACUGUGGCAGCUUUGACCUAUGCGUUCAACAUGACGAGAGGGAGUAACAUUCUCGCGCUUGAUCGAUCGGAAUUUUCACUCUUGAGGAGGUACGUCGGUGUUUGUGUGUCACUCUUGGUUAGCCACUUUGAUAUCCUCGGCGCAAGGUCGAGUAUGGAGGCCAAAAAGGAGGCGGACAGGAUUGAGGCAAUGAGGAGGUUACAACGGCUUCAAGAAAACCUGGACGACGAAUUCCUGCCUCGGACACCGACAGAGUCUGGCGGCCAACCACGUAUCGACCGCUCUAUAAGACUCACGGUUGAAGAACGUCUCCGUCUCAUUGCCGAGCUCGAAGCUCGUCGUUCCGAGCUGGCACCCGCACCCGUCGGUCAAGUCCUUGACGAAGAAGUCUCUGAAGACCGUGCGCUGGUAUUUCUUGCAGCUUCCAAAUCCAAUAUUUCCAUGCGAUGGCAGCAAGGCGCGUAUAUCGGUGGAGGCGCAUCGGGAAGCGUGUACUUGGGAUACUCGCUGCAGGAUAACACCGUGUUUGCUGUCAAGAUCUUGCCAACGGUGGAUCUGCAGAGUAGUCCGGCGUUGUACGAGAGUAUCAAGCGGGAAUCGGAUGUGAUGAGCUUGUUGAGUCAUCCGAAUGUCGUUGGUUUCCUUGGAUUGGAAGUGCAUAGGAACAGAGUCUGUCUUUUCCAAGAGUACUGUGAAGGAGGAUCGUUGGCAGGUAUGCUCGAAUAUGGCAAAAUUGACGAUGAGGAAGUCGUCGGGGCGUUUACGAUCCAGCUGCUACGCGGUCUUGAAUAUCUGCACACCAACCGCAUCGAGCACCGAGAUCUCAAACCAGAAAAUAUUCUCAUUGGCGCCAACUCUGUUCUCAAGCUGGCCGACUUUGGUACCGCCAAAAUCAUCAAAUCCAACAAGACACUCGCCCGUACACGUGGUGGCGCUCACGCCAAGAUGGAGGGUCUCGAGGGUACGCCGAUGUACAUGGCACCAGAGAUGAUCAAGAACCAGAGGACCGGCAAGCUGGGUGCUUGUGAUAUCUGGGGUUUAGGGUGUAUCGUUUUGCAGAUGAUCACUGGUAGGAAGCCAUGGAGUUUCUUGGACUUUGAUAAUGAAUGGGCUAUCAUGUUCCAUCUUGGUGCUACAAAGGAGCCACCCCCUCUACCCGACCCCAACGAGAUGUCCGACCAAGGUAUCGAAUUCAUUGAUCAAUGUCUUUCUUUGGAUCCCGAAGCGAGACCGGUGGCGAGCGAGUUAUUGCAGGACGAAUGGCUGGUUCCAAUGUUGGAGCAGAUGGCCGAGCUGGAGCAAGAGUAUCCCGACGUAUUGGCGAUGGGCCAAAGCGAUUCACUGGUCCCGCCACCCGAAAACGCUUCUCUAACCAGUAACGCUCCAACUCUUCAAGAUGAUAUUACACCUCCUCCCCUCGAAUGAUCAUUGUUUCCCGGUGAAUGGGUAAUGCGAAUCCCUGUUUCUAGACCAAACGUUAUAUUUCUCUGUAGGGUUUCAUUUUCAUCGUAUAUUAGUUUUAUCCGGAUUUUCUCCAUUCUCUAUUCGAAUUCGGUUCGAUUCGGCAUCCUGUAUCUAUUUUCUUCUUUUGGGCAUGGGACGUCUUAGGUGUUCUGUAGGGCAUAUUAUUUCUUUGAUUACACUGUUGCGGCAAAAUGCAUACUGUGAU